CCCAUUUCCUGUUCUCUCCCUCCUAAGGGUUGACGAACAUACAAAUCACCCUGUGUCUACACCAUCGUCGCUAUCCAUUGGCUUACUCGUCGUCCGUACUAUCAAGUUUGAGAAGAUUCCUUUGGGGGCUGUCCUCUCAUAGUCCACCUGCUCGCGCUCUCAUCCCUCGCUUCAUUCCAUUGAUUGGCUCCCUUUGCAUCACUUCGACCAACCAUACAUCUUCUCUGCGAGACCAGACACAACCUCGUCCGCGAUCAGGUCCAACAAUAGUAACCACAGGCCGCAUCGGACAGCCUUGCAUCGUCCCUCCCUUACCUCUCGUUAUCGCCGCCGCCUAUCUGGCCGUGGAACCUGGGGAAAAGAAUUGUCAAUCUAUGCUGUUGUGAUAUCUGUCUUUGUUGCCUACCUGCGCUGGUCCGCUCUUUGACGCUCCUUGAACUGCCCAACAACUCUCCUACGAUCCUUACCGAAUUCUGUACGCGUCGCAUACGAAUCCUUUGCGCUUCGUCCUAAUACGAAAAAACCCUGUCCGAUCGCAUUCGGCACAGGCUUGCCUUUACUCAUGCGCUGAUAAUCCUCUCCUCCACCUGUCAAUCCACCAUCUGCUUUCGGCGCGUAUCGAAAACCCUGAGACGGCUAUGCUCGCAUCUCCCCCCACAAUGAACGGUGAUCAUGGACCUAUCUUGGAUCGGAACAACAUCAUCAAUGUAAGAGAUGGAGAAUCGCUCUACCAAAUAUGCAUCAAACUGCGCCGCCGGUUAUCGGGGGUCCCCGGUUUUCGCCCAUACUUGGAGGAGAUGGAGGAGCGCGAAGCCGAGGGUUCUGAUCCGGUUUCCUCGUUGUGGCAAUGCUUCCGAAGCGGCCUGCCGUUGCUGACCAUAUACAAUGCCUCAAAUCCCGAAGAAGGCGACCUACGAGUGGACACGAAGCGACCAGAAAGAAUAGGAAAAGAAGCCGCGUUUCUAUUCAUCAAAGCAUGCAUGCAACAGAUGGAGAUCCCGGCAGCUGACACCUUCACCGUCACGGACUUGUACAGCGAUAACACUACCGGUUUCGUAAAAGUCACAAAGUUGAUCAAUCGGGUCCUUGAUAUCCUGAGAUUGAGUGGGAAAUUGCAUCCUUCGACGGACAGUGAAGAUUCGCGGGAUGGUACAGACACCGGCUCAAAUGCGCCCGAUCAAGUACCAAAAACCCUAACGCGCAGACAACACAUCCUGAAGGAACUGGUUGAGACGGAGAGGCAGUAUGUCCACCAUCUACAGAAUUUGCAGGCGCUGAAGAAGGAACUGGAAGAGGUGGGUGCAUUGACAGGCGAUGCAAUCCAUAAUAUUUUCCUGAAUCUGAACAAUCUGCUCGACUUCGCGCAGCGAUUUUUGAUUCGGAUUGAGCAACAGAAUGAGACUCCUGCCGAGCAACAAAACUGGGGCAGACUCUUCGUCCACUACAAGGACCCUUUCAGACAGUACGAACCAUUCAUUGCCAAUCAAAGGAGGUGCGAAACUACAUGUCAACAAGAAUGGGAUAGAAUGGUUGAGAGGGCCAAAUCACCGUUGGCGCGACAAAUGCUGGCAAAUCCCACUAUCCUGAAUGGGUUCUUACUCAAGCCAUUUCAACGGCUGACCAAAUACCCGUUGUUGCUCAAGGACCUUCAAAACCAAACUCCAGACCAAAGUCUCAAAUCGGAUUUGACAGACGCUAUUGCAAUUAUCCAAGAUGUACUUAUGCAAGCUGACGCUUCUAUCGACAAAGAGACCCGCGACGACGCGCUACAAGACCUUCAAGAGCGGAUCGAUGACUGGAAGCAAUUGAACAUCACGACUUUCGGCGAGAUUCUCUUGCUUGGGACAUUCAAUGUCAUGAAAGAUAGCGGCAGUCGAUCGGACGAGAAAGAAUAUCACAUCUAUCUCUUCACCCGCAUCUUGAUUAUGUGCAAAGACGUCAAUGCUAAUAAGCCCAAGAACAGGUUGGCUAACAACAAACCAUCAUUGAGUCGAAAUGGAAAACCGAAGAUGAACUUGAAAGGGCGGAUCUACUUCACAAAUGUCAUCAGUGUGUCGUCCCAGUCAACUCCUGGAAGCUACUCACUACAAAUUUCCUGGAAGAAUGAGCAAGCAGUGACAGACACGUUUAUCAUCAAAUUCAAGAAUGACGAUACCUUACAGAAGUGGCACACUAUGAUUGAGACCCAGCGCUCGUCUUGUAUGUUGGAAUCCCGACACACGGGGACAACGUCCGAUACUCAGCUCCUUUCACUGCAAGGGAUGAACAUGGAGAAUCCUUACCUGAAUCAGGAAGAGGACGACGAUUACAGCAGACUGUCCGGUACGACAUACGGAGGAACUGACGCGACAGGAUACUCGGAGUUCAGCAUGAGUAGGAAUGCUUCAAGUACAAGUUUGCGGUCGCGAUCGGCAACAGGUGGUAGUGGCGGGAGCAAUCCACAUUUGUCGGCUGGCCGUAUGCGGGUGCCCACGAAUGACAUGGGGGGGUUGUCACUGAACACUCGAGGACUGCCUGUACAGUCUCCUCAAGACUCUUAUGGUGGCUCAUAUUUCUCUCCAAUCGAGCGAGAUUCAACAUCGCAAUCGACAAUGUCGGCGCGGUCAAGCUCGCAAUCGGCAUUUUCUGGUUACCACCGAGGUGCGACUCCUGUAAGCGGGGGUGGCCAGCGACCUGAGGAUUCGUACAGGAACACUGCGCCCGCGAUGGCCCGAAACGCCAAUGGCCAUGUGAAUGGAAAUCCCUACUUGGUGAACGGGCGGAAUCGAGGGCCACCACAAGGUCCAGGGAUGCCUCCCCCGCGCAUGAGGUCGGCAAGCAGUCCGGAUGUGCAUCCCAUGGUACAGCAGAGCCGCAAAUAUGUGUCUGGUGAACAUGCACCAAGCGUGCCUCCUAUCCCGGCACAUAUGGCGAAGCAAAUGGCUCCUCCUUCCAGGAGCCAGAACAAUUCUCCGAAUAAUGCUCCGCCAUCGAGGGGAGGAACACCACAAUAUGGCUUGCCCCAGGGACCCCGUCCCGGGAUGCAGAGUCACGGGUAUACGUACGACAAUUCUUAUGCAAACGAGGCCAGACGACCCGGACAUGCACCAUCAUUGUCGCAAGGCCGCACCUUUUCCCCUCCCGUAUCAUCACCUUCGAGCGACGGGGACGGGUACAUACCAAGCCAGCUGAAGGCAAAGGUAUGCUUUGAUGAGAAUUAUGUCUCAAUGAUCAUUGCCAGCAACAUUCAAUUCCGAUCGCUCGCUGAUCGCAUUGACGCAAAAUUGGCAAGAUUCACGAAUCACUCGAUUGCCUCGGGGUCCGUACGAUUACGCUACCGAGACGAGGACGGUGACUUCAUUUUGAUUGACAGUGAUGAGGCAGUACAUGAAGCACUACUUGAUUGGCGUGAGACACAUCCUGCAAAUGCGGUCAAUUCACAAAAUGCCGAAUUAUUGCUGUAUGCACAUGCAGGAACGAGCGAGGCAGCAUCAGGAUGAAGAAGCCAUACGGUAAGAUAAGACCUCCGAAUAUGGCAAAGGAUUGUUGCUACCCUGAGGUCUCACCAACCAACACAGUGUUGCUGGUGAUUCCAAAUACGGCAGGCGAACAGUUGUCUCGACGCAGAAGACGUGGAGAACAACACGAAACAUGAGCCAGUCCCAGUUCCACGCUAAAAGAGACGGGUACAUACAAGAUCGACCGCUGCCAGAAUACAUUGACAUGAGUUACGAAGUGAUGGGUUAUGAAGUUGGAUAAGGAUAAGAACAUGGAAUGUGGCGCCUCAAGAAGGGCAUUUUUGGAGUGCAGGCGGAAGUCUUGUCUGGUUUUCGGGACAAAGAUGCACUUGGCUGUGAUAUGCAAUGAAUGGACUAUAUUGAUACCUUACACUCGAUGUCGAGAACCGACAGAAUAUAAACCGCAUUGGUCUACAGUGGGGAGGUACGAGGUUCGUUGUGAGCAAAGGAGAAUCUGACAAUAUAGUAUCCUUUGAGAAUCAGUUGCUGCUGAAAUUGAGGUUCCAUUAAAGCGUC